CGCUUCUGUCGAAGACUCGCAAAUUCCCCAGCAAAUUCGUCCCGAACAUCUGGACCCUGAUCCACUGAUAUUGCCACCGAGCCCAAAUGAGCCUGGAAAUAGAGAAAGGGCACUGAUUAACACAGUUCAACACUAUAACAACAACACCAACUACAGCACUGUGAGUGUCCUUCCCGGCCGCCAUGGCCUGACGGCGGACAGCCAAAGCACAACUGCCAUAUUGCCGCCUGCGGCGACUGGUACGCCGACUGUGCACGAUCCGGAUGACGGAGUUACAGACAGGGACUCCUCGGCUCCCCAAAUUGAUGAGAUCGACCACGCUCUGUGGUCCAUGGCACUGCCAGCCACAAGCUCUAAUGCUGGAAACAUCAUCGCUCAGACACUGCCGAGUUCCGUGGCAGCGGCAACGCCAGUGGCACAGAGUAUGCUUCAGACAGGCCAGGCUGAUGCCGAACAAACAUCACCAGCCAUUGUGCCACCUGCGGCAGGCUCCACAGCCGCUGCUGACAGGCACACAAUUGCAACGACUGUUAACUCGAGUCCAUCUGCAGUCAGCGAUGAACUGGCUACUACACUGGACAGGUCGCCGCAUGCUGUGGCAGAUUCGCCUGGCCUGGCGGUGGCCACACUAACUUCACCAGCCAUCUUGCCACGUGCGGCUGUAAACGCACCAAAGGCUCCCGAGCACAACGCCAGCUUCUCAGCACCAGGCCCUCUGGCUGCACUAAUGCUUGUGACUCCAAAUACAUCUGGAAGAAGAAGGAAGCAAGACAUUAAUACAGCUCCAACACACAAGACAGGCACAGCUCACACAACCAUCGAAGACCGCUGCUCUAUGGAGACCGAUCAGGCACCGUCAGUACUAGCGACACUCGCAGUCAACAAGGCACCCCCCGCUGUUGGACAGCAGGCAGGCCAGGCUGAGGCCGAACAAACAUUAACAGCCAUUGCGCCACCUGCGGCAGGCUCCACAACCGCUGCUGAUAGGCACACAGUUGCAACGAUUGUUAACUCGAGUCCAUCUGCAGUCAGCGAUGAACUGGCUUCUACACUGGACAGGUCGCCGCAUGCAGUGGCAGAGUCGCCUGGCCUGUCGGUGGCCACACUUACUUCACCAGCCAUCUUGCCACGUGCGGCUGUAAACGCUCCAAAGGCUCCCGAGCACAACGCCAGUUUCUCAGCACCAGGUCCUCUGGCUACACUAAUAUCUGUGACUCCAAAUACAUCUGAAAGAAGAAGGAAGCAAGACAUUAAUACAGCUCCGGCACGCAAGGCAGGCACAGCUUACACAACCAUCGAAGACCGCUGCUUGAUGGAGACCGAUCAGGCACCGUCAGUACUAGCGACACUCGCAGUCAACAAUGCACCCCCCGCUGUUGGACAGCAGGCAGGCCAGGUAGAGGCCGAACAAACAUUAACAGCCAUUGCGCAACCUGCGGCAGGCUCCACAGCCGCUGCUGAUAGGCACACAAUUGCAACGAUUGUUAACUCGAGUCCAUCUGCAGUCAGCGAUGAACUGGCUUCUACACUGGACAGGUCGCCGCAUGCUGUGGCAGAUUCGCCUGGCCUGGCGGUGGCCACACUAACUUCACCAGCCAUCUUGCCACGUGCGGCUGUAAACGCACCAAAGGCUCCCGAGCACAACGCCAGCUUCUCAGCACCAGGCCCUCUGGCUGCACUAAUGCUUGUGACUCCAAAUACAUCUGGAAGAAGAAGGAAGCAAGACAUUAAUACAGCUCCAACACACAAGACAGGCACAGCUCACACAACCAUCGAAGACCGCUGCUCAAUGGAGACCGAUCAGGCACCGUCAGUACUAGCGACACUCGCAGUCAACAAGGCACCCCCCGCUGUUGGACAGCAGGCAGGCCAGGCUGAGGCCGAACAAACAUUAACAGCCAUUGCGCCACCUGCGGCAGGCUCCACAACCGCUGCUGAUAGGCACACAGUUGCAACGAUUGUUAACUCGAGUCCAUCUGCAGUCAGCGAUGAACUGGCUUCUACACUGGACAGGUCGCCGCAUGCAGUGGCAGAGUCGCCUGGCCUGUCGGUGGCCACACUUACUUCACCAGCCAUCUUGCCACGUGCGGCUGUAAACGCUCCAAAGGCUCCCGAGCACAACGCCAGUUUCUCAGUACCAGGUCCUCUGGCUGCACUAAUAUCUGUGACUCCAAAUACAUCUGAAAGAAGAAGGAAGCAAGACAUUAAUACAGCUCCGGCACGCAAGGCAGGCACAGCUUACACAACCAUCGAAGACCGCUGCUUGAUGGAGACCGAUCAGGCACCGUCAGUACUAGCGACACUCGCAGUCAACAAUGCACCCCCCGCUGUUGGACAGCAGGCAGGCCAGGUAGAGGCCGAACAAACAUCAACAGCCAUUGCGCAACCUGCGGCAGGCUCCACAGCCGCUGCUGAUAGGCACACAAUUGCAACGAUUGUUAACUCGAGUCCAUCUGCAGUCAGCGAUGAACUGGCUUCUACACUGGUCAGGUCGCCGCAUGCAGUGGCAGAGUCGCCUGGCCUGGCGGUGGCCACACUUACUUCACCAGCCACCUUGCCACGUGCGGCUGUAAACGCCCCAAAGGCUCCCGAGCACAACGCCAGCUUCUCAGCACCAGGUCCUCUGGCUGCACUAACAUCUGUGACUCCAAAUACAUCUGAAAGAAGAAGGAAGCAAGACAUUAAUACAGCUCCGACACACAAGACAGGCACAGCUCACACAACCAUCGAAGACCGCUGCUCGAUGGAGACCGAUCAGGCACCGUCAGUAAUAGCGACACUCGCAGUCAGCAAGACACUCCCCGCUGUUGGACAGCAGGCAGGCCAGGCUGAGGCCGAACAAACAUUACCAGCCAAUGCGCCACCUGCGGCAGGCUCCACAGCCGCUGCUGCUAGGCACACAAUUGUAACGACUGUUAACACGAGUCCAUCUGCAAUCAGCGAAGAACGGGCUUCUACUCUGGACAGGUCGCCGCAUGCUGAGGCAGAGUCGCCUGGACUGGCGGUGGCCACACUAACUAAACCAGCCAUCUUGCCACGGGCGGCUGUAAACGCACCAAGGGCUCCCGAGCACAACGCUAGCUUCUCAGCACCAGGUCCUCUGGCUGCACUAAUCGCUUCUGUCGAAGACUCGCAAAUUCCCCAGCAAAUUCGUCCCGAACAUCUGGACCCUGAUCCACUGAUAUUGCCACCGAGCCCAAAUGAGCCUGGAAAUAGAGAAAGGGCACUGAUUAACACAGUUCAACACUAUAACAACAACACCAACUACAGCACUGUGAGUGUCCUUCCCGGCCGCCAUGGCCUGACGGCGGACAGCCAAAGCACAACUGCCAUAUUGCCGCCUGCGGCGACUGGUACGCCGACUGUGCACGAUCCGGAUGACGGAGUUACAGACAGGGACUCCUCGGCUCCCCAAAUUGAUGAGAUCGACCACGCUCUGUGGUCCAUGGCACUGCCAGCCACAAGCUCUAAUGCUGGAAACAUCAUCGCUCAGACACUGCCGAGUUCCGUGGCAGCGGCAACGCCAGUGGCACAGAGUAUGCUUCAGACAGGCCAGGCUGAUGCCGAACAAACAUCACCAGCCAUUGUGCCACCUGCGGCAGGCUCCACAGCCGCUGCUGACAGGCACACAAUUGCAACGACUGUUAACUCGAGUCCAUCUGCAGUCAGCGAUGAACUGGCUACUACACUGGACAGGUCGCCGCAUGCUGUGGCAGAUUCGCCUGGCCUGGCGGUGGCCACACUAACUUCACCAGCCAUCUUGCCACGUGCGGCUGUAAACGCACCAAAGGCUCCCGAGCACAACGCCAGCUUCUCAGCACCAGGCCCUCUGGCUGCACUAAUGCUUGUGACUCCAAAUACAUCUGGAAGAAGAAGGAAGCAAGACAUUAAUACAGCUCCAACACACAAGACAGGCACAGCUCACACAACCAUCGAAGACCGCUGCUCUAUGGAGACCGAUCAGGCACCGUCAGUACUAGCGACACUCGCAGUCAACAAGGCACCCCCCGCUGUUGGACAGCAGGCAGGCCAGGCUGAGGCCGAACAAACAUUAACAGCCAUUGCGCCACCUGCGGCAGGCUCCACAACCGCUGCUGAUAGGCACACAGUUGCAACGAUUGUUAACUCGAGUCCAUCUGCAGUCAGCGAUGAACUGGCUUCUACACUGGACAGGUCGCCGCAUGCAGUGGCAGAGUCGCCUGGCCUGUCGGUGGCCACACUUACUUCACCAGCCAUCUUGCCACGUGCGGCUGUAAACGCUCCAAAGGCUCCCGAGCACAACGCCAGUUUCUCAGCACCAGGUCCUCUGGCUACACUAAUAUCUGUGACUCCAAAUACAUCUGAAAGAAGAAGGAAGCAAGACAUUAAUACAGCUCCGGCACGCAAGGCAGGCACAGCUUACACAACCAUCGAAGACCGCUGCUUGAUGGAGACCGAUCAGGCACCGUCAGUACUAGCGACACUCGCAGUCAACAAUGCACCCCCCGCUGUUGGACAGCAGGCAGGCCAGGUAGAGGCCGAACAAACAUUAACAGCCAUUGCGCAACCUGCGGCAGGCUCCACAGCCGCUGCUGAUAGGCACACAAUUGCAACGAUUGUUAACUCGAGUCCAUCUGCAGUCAGCGAUGAACUGGCUUCUACACUGGACAGGUCGCCGCAUGCUGUGGCAGAUUCGCCUGGCCUGGCGGUGGCCACACUAACUUCACCAGCCAUCUUGCCACGUGCGGCUGUAAACGCACCAAAGGCUCCCGAGCACAACGCCAGCUUCUCAGCACCAGGCCCUCUGGCUGCACUAAUGCUUGUGACUCCAAAUACAUCUGGAAGAAGAAGGAAGCAAGACAUUAAUACAGCUCCAACACACAAGACAGGCACAGCUCACACAACCAUCGAAGACCGCUGCUCAAUGGAGACCGAUCAGGCACCGUCAGUACUAGCGACACUCGCAGUCAACAAGGCACCCCCCGCUGUUGGACAGCAGGCAGGCCAGGCUGAGGCCGAACAAACAUUAACAGCCAUUGCGCCACCUGCGGCAGGCUCCACAACCGCUGCUGAUAGGCACACAGUUGCAACGAUUGUUAACUCGAGUCCAUCUGCAGUCAGCGAUGAACUGGCUUCUACACUGGACAGGUCGCCGCAUGCAGUGGCAGAGUCGCCUGGCCUGUCGGUGGCCACACUUACUUCACCAGCCAUCUUGCCACGUGCGGCUGUAAACGCUCCAAAGGCUCCCGAGCACAACGCCAGUUUCUCAGUACCAGGUCCUCUGGCUGCACUAAUAUCUGUGACUCCAAAUACAUCUGAAAGAAGAAGGAAGCAAGACAUUAAUACAGCUCCGGCACGCAAGGCAGGCACAGCUUACACAACCAUCGAAGACCGCUGCUUGAUGGAGACCGAUCAGGCACCGUCAGUACUAGCGACACUCGCAGUCAACAAUGCACCCCCCGCUGUUGGACAGCAGGCAGGCCAGGUAGAGGCCGAACAAACAUCAACAGCCAUUGCGCAACCUGCGGCAGGCUCCACAGCCGCUGCUGAUAGGCACACAAUUGCAACGAUUGUUAACUCGAGUCCAUCUGCAGUCAGCGAUGAACUGGCUUCUACACUGGUCAGGUCGCCGCAUGCAGUGGCAGAGUCGCCUGGCCUGGCGGUGGCCACACUUACUUCACCAGCCACCUUGCCACGUGCGGCUGUAAACGCCCCAAAGGCUCCCGAGCACAACGCCAGCUUCUCAGCACCAGGUCCUCUGGCUGCACUAAUAUCUGUGACUCCAAAUACAUCUGAAAGAAGAAGGAAGCAAGACAUUAAUACAGCUCCGACACACAAGACAGGCACAGCUCACACAACCAUCGAAGACCGCUGCUCGAUGGAGACCGAUCAGGCACCGUCAGUAAUAGCGACACUCGCAGUCAGCAAGACACUCCCCGCUGUUGGACAGCAGGCAGGCCAGGCUGAGGCCGAACAAACAUUACCAGCCAAUGCGCCACCUGCGGCAGGCUCCACAGCCGCUGCUGCUAGGCACACAAUUGUAACGACUGUUAACACGAGUCCAUCUGCAAUCAGCGAAGAACGGGCUUCUACUCUGGACAGGUCGCCGCAUGCUGAGGCAGAGUCGCCUGGACUGGCGGUGGCCACACUAACUAAACCAGCCAUCUUGCCACGGGCGGCUGUAAACGCACCAAGGGCUCCCGAGCACAACGCUAGCUUCUCAGCACCAGGUCCUCUGGCUGCACUAAUGUUAGUGACUCCAAAUACAGCUGAAAGAAGAAGGAAGCAAAAUAUUAACAACAACAACAACAUCAACAACAACGCUACUCACCAGACACCAGGCAACUCAGCACUAGCAGCAACUAGCCACUCCGCACACGCCACAACGCUAACUACGGCCGGCAGCACACCUUCCGACACAUCAGACACAGAAGUGCUGGAAGCUGAGUGUUGCCUGCCAUAA